CCAGCCAGGACACCGAGCUGGACGAUGGCCGAUAUGGAAGUUAACUUGAGCUUUCCAGCUGAUUCGGUCCUUGAUGCGCUGGAGAAUCGGCUGGAAAAAUAUGACACAGAGCGACCACCAGGCCCGACGAAAGAAGUGCUGACGGAGGAGGAGCUGGCAAUCAAAAUCGCACGGUUGGACGAACUCGAGUCCAGCCUUUUACCUUCAAUACAAAAUCUAGUCGGCCCUCUUGUGACCUCAUUGGGCCUACGCCCCGAUUCAAACCCAAACUUCGAAUCGACUUGCAAUAUAUUAUCAACUCUUGAUGAAGCAUGGUGGCAAACUGUACUGUCCAUCGAGUCGGCUGCAUUCGGCGUAAUUCCAGACAGCACCAAAGACCAUCACUUAAAACGAUGUAAAGAUUUUACAUGUUCUCAACUCAUAAAUAUCAUCUCGAAUCUUAAACGGCAUCUCUUUCCGCUGCUCAAGUGUGCGAUUCUAUUCAUGAAAUCAUUAAAAGUCUCAAGUGACGACCUAGAAAGGAUUAGUUAUCGAAACCAGCAAAGCAAUCUUCGUUACCAUGCAGCCAACGCUAGUGCUAUGAUGCGUGAAACCAUGAAGUCGCUACAUCGAUCGGACUUUCAAAUUAUCCAAGACAAGUGGCAAGAGCAAGAGGCCUCGCUCGAUCGCCUACUCCUAGCUCUAACCAGGCUAACAGGUCCCACGUUGGUUAGGCGACGCAAUGGUGCAAGCGCUCUCAGUGUACAUGUCGUUGAGUUAGCCAAACUCUCACUUCCUCUGAUAAAAUUAGCAAGAACAUUCUCCAAGCAAGUAUCGAGAACCACAACUAGCAAACUACUGUUCACGUUAGAUACAAAUCUCAACUCCAAGACACUGUCCAGGUUGCACAAACACCCUGAAUCGAUUGAAACCUGUUUUAGUAAACUCAUAAGCGUAUUGUACACAGCCUCUAUACACAACGUACUGGCUGAUGGUCGAGCGGUACUGCGGAAUUGGGUCCAGAAUAUCUCACAGACUUUCGAAUCCACUUUGCUUUUGUUGGUCCUGCAUCUCAUCCCCCUGCCUUUGCUCGAGACCGAUCGUGAUUCAGCUGGAAAUAACUUCAAGGCUUGGUUUGCUGCUUGGCAUGAGGCAUGGCAUCGCGCCGUUAACAAUUUUUUGGACACUCUUCAACGCUUCGAACGUCAAAAUCAACAACCACUAGCACCACCCCGGGCAUAAGAAGUAAAAUGCGCAGUAAAAUCGCGAAGAUCCUUCUUAUGAAUGAAAUGGCUUGUGGCUUGCAUAGUGCACCAACCAAAAUGCUAUCACACUUUCCUCAAUCAACCUAGAUCUUAUCAUCCUUUUGAUUCACAUUGCCUCUCAUCACAUUCUCACUUAUUGUCUAGAGUUUUUAUGAGUUGCGCAUACUGUCAGGCAAACAGUGGAAUAACACCUGAGCAAGCAUGUAAAUGCCUUUUUUGGCAAUUGCACAAUGGAAAUGGAAAUAAGGUGGUACAGAUGACAGCC